CCACAGCCAAUGACGGGCAAAUGUGGUUCGGAAAUACGCUUGAAUUGGUGCCUGAACUGAUGUGGCCCACUGUCUCGCAUCCGACAAUUCUUGAAUUUUUAGAAAAGGUGAUGGGUCCUUUCGUGCAAUUGGAUAACCUCACGCUCGCUGCGUUUGCGUCUAUGGAACAGGAAAAGGCAGAAGGCAAGGUCUCUGGCUGGCACCGUGACCGCUGGGCGCAUGUCCCCUACACCGAUGCCUAUCACCGCCCAAACGCUAUCAACGCUAUAUCUUAUUUGCAGGACUUAACGGAUGAAUACGGACCCCUCCGCGUCAUUGUCGGUUCGCAUCGAAAACCGAUUACCAUGGAAGAUUCGCAACGUGGUGUCCCGCAUCCAGACGAAACACUGGUCCACAUGAAAGCUGGUGAUGUCGUUAUCACACAUAACGGACUCAUCCACUCCGGCACACCGAAUACCUCCGGAAAUUUACGCUAUUUCUUCAGCAUCUAUUAUAACCUGACAUGGCUGAAACACACCGAUCAUCACACGGGACCCCAUACUCAAAAUUUGUUGGAAACUGCCAAAGCCACCAAUAACUAUCAGCACAUGCGGCUCCUCGGUGUGGAUGAGCAACUCCAACCCCGAUGCAACUCCGGCUUCCUCCGCUCCGACGAGGAACGCUGGGAAGAGUGGGCAACCACUGACCGAGAAGCGAUAAGGGAGGUAUAACCGAUGGCAAAUCCAAGUGUAGUGCCGUCAACACUCAACGUAGAACUGGAUUACCAGCUGCAACAAGAGGUCAACUUCUUUCUCAAUUGGGGAUACCUCAUUGUCGACAACGCCGCAACGCCAGAACAGAUUGCGUCGCUCCGAGAGGCACUUGAUGAAAGUUACGAACGCAACAACAAAAGUCAAUUCAUUGGUGAAUUGCUGGAGGAGGAUGAUCGGUUCGCAUUUCUGUUAGACAAUCCGCCUGUGCUAAAGCGGAUGGAAGCCAUAUUGGGGACCUGUGUCCAACUCCACAGCGCGACCGCGCGCAUUACUGAACCCGGAACGCCAGAUCAGCAUUGGCAUCGGGAUGGUCCCUGGCCCGUCGCACCGAACGGAACACCUUACGGGAGCCUCCCCGCACAGAUUAACUGCGGCUAUUAUCUCGACGAAGUCACCGAUGAGAACGGUCCCACGGUUAUCCAACCCGGCAGCCACAGGGCACUUUUCCGUCCACCCCCGACUCCUGUCGAAUUGCCCGAUGAAAAACGGGUACUCGUCUCCCCCGGACAAGCGGUUAUGUUCGACGGAUGGACAUGGCAUCGGGGCUCGGCUAACAAUUCUUCAGAAAGUCGACGCGUCUGCCUGAUGUGCUACCAGAACGCGUGGAUGAAGUCUCGUGAACCCUUUGACGGUACUCGGGUCACAAAACUCCGAGAAGAGGGUACAUCCCAGCAGAAGCUUUUACUCGGCGCAAUCCCAAAAUGGUAAAGUAGUAGGCACGCCGUCGUGUGCCUAUAAAACGAAGGAAUCCAGAAAUGAAUCUCGCUUAUAUUGUUAUUGAUACACUCCGCUACGACUACAUCGGUGCGAACGGAAAUGACUGGAUAGAAACACCCAACAUCGAUCGGUUUGCCUCCAAAGCCUUGGCAUACGAUUAUGCUUUCUGUGCCAGUUUUCCGACUAUUCCCUAUCGGACCGAUGUCAUUACUGGACAAUACGGCGCGCCUAUCCAUCCUUGGAAACCGCUCCGCCACGAACGCCAAACUUUACCGUGGACGCUUGCAGAAAACGGCUACGCGACGCAACUCAUUCACGAUACACCGCACCUCGUCAAUGGGGGACAUAACUUUGAUUGGCCCUUCCACGCGUGGACAUUUGUUCGCGGCGCGGAAGUAGACAGAGACUGGAUCGCUGAUACCGUAGUAUGGCCCGAUAACUGGACACGUCAACCCCUCUUUGAUUGUAUCGAUGACAAAGCCGCCGAAUCAGGCAUGCUCCGCAGUUACGCACGUGCAAACAGAAACCGCAAAAAACCUGAAGAUUGGAACUGCGCACGGCUCUUCAACACUGCCGCGCAAUUCCUCAAAGACAACGCCAAGCGAGACAAUUUUUUCCUCUGGAUAGAUUGCUUCGAUCCUCACGAACCUUGGGAUUCUCCGCUUGAGUUCAUGAAAAAAUACGAUACCCGUCCGGGUUACGAUGGACGCGUUGAUCCGCGUAGUCUUGGCGCGAGGGGUAAUGCGCAGCUCUCAGAUGAAGCGAAACAACACAUCAAAGCGCAAUACGCCGCUAAACUCACAUGGAUGGACCACUGCUUCGGGCAGUUCCUUGAUGCACUUGAAUCUACGGGGCUUGACAAGAACACCGCUGUUAUCUUAACGGGCGACCACGGCACGAACGUUGGGGAACGUGGUAGGUUUGGCAAAGGACAACCCGUUCGUCAGCAGGAGGCGCAUGUCCCACUCUUUAUUCGGCUCCCGGAUGGGGACAGAGAAGAAGGUGGGGGCAGAAGCAGCGUCAUCGUCCAACCGCAAGACUUCUACCCGACAAUUCUCAAUAUUUUGGGAGAGGCGCGUCCCGACGGCAUUGAGGGACACGACAUCUUAACCCCGGCGCGCAACGGGGAAGCUGGUACAAGGGAGCUUGCACUCUCAGGUGGCAGUAUUGAGCGGUGGGAGAACAGCACAGAGAACCCGAAUCUCAAUCUCUUCACCGUUUUUGAUCGUGAGUGG